AUAUAUAUAUAUAUAUAUAUAUAUAUAUAUAUAAUGAGAGGGACACGCGGUCCGCGAGGCCGACCGCGCUAUUCCACUGCUCCCCUCCGCGCCAAAUGCUGCACCAUUUCCAUCUUGCUUUUCGUUUUCCGCGGACGGAACGUGAAAAACAGAAACUCGAUUUUUUCCGAGAAAUUUGUAAAAUAACUUUUCGAAAAAAAAUGUUACGGACAACCAAACAAUGGAAAAAAAAGGUUUUACAGGGAUCAAAACACACCCUUAAGCUGAAACCGAAUAACCGAACAGAACUGAUAUUAUUCGAUUAAUAUAAUUUGUGGUAAUUUGGUUUUGUUUUAGAAACCAAGUGUUCUAUUUUCGGGUUUUUGUUUGGUUUUUGAAGAAUGACCCGAUUUAACAGAACUAACCAAAAUAAACAUAUAUUUUUUGAGAAAAUUUCAUGUACUUUUAAGUGUAGUAUUAUACUCUUACAUAUCUAAGGGUAUGCACUAAUAUUACGUCCAUUAGAUGUCAAUUUGUAUGUUUUAUUGUUUAUUUAAACAUCAUAAUAAUCAAGUGCCAAUGAUUACGAUCAAGGAUUGCCGCUAGCACUUCCCGUGCCGUUGUGCCAGUGGCACGGCAUUGGCAUGGCCCAUGCCGGUGGCACUUAGGCAAGACGGCACGGAUUUAUUUUAUUAAAGUAUCUUGAACAAUUAGUUUUUUAUAGUGUUUUCACAGCUCUAAUUGUUAUAAAAUAGUUUAUAUAUGAUAUCCCAUGCUAUUUAGUAGAAAUGGUCAUAAAAAUAGUAAUAACUAAUGAUAUUAUUUAUAUAUAUUAUGAAAGUAUGAGCAUUAAACAAAUACCAAUAAAAGGUUUGUAGGAAAGCACUACCACGGGUAAAUUCAUUAGAUCUAAAAUAAUAAAGAGAUUGGAGGAAAUUUUAUUAUUUGUAUUUUUUUAUUUCAAGCAGGUCUUAUUAUGCAAUGGAGUUUGCUAAUUGCUUCAAAUGUAAGUAGCUUUACAAUAUCUACAUAUUUAAGUAUGAAAAAACAUUUAUAUAACUUUUGACCUCAAAACUCAAUUAAAAAAAAACAAAAAAAUGCAAAAAAAAACCAUUUUGUUGACAUGUUGUUGGGUUGACCUCGUGACACGUGUUAGCACGACCACGGCAUAGUACGGCAGUGGCAAUCCUUGAUGAAAGUAAUUGAAUAUAGGCCAAAAAGCUAGGUAAAGAAUAAUUCAAAGGCACUUAAAUCAAACCAAGCCUAAUUUUCUCAACUCAGUUCAAUUUAGAUAAUUUAGGUUAUGUAGCAAUUCAUUCGUUGUAGUCUAUCAUCAUAGAGUUUGAUUAUUUGGUGUCAUGCCUUGGGUCCUAUUUGGAAAAGUUAUUUUUUUUGGUAAUAAUUUUUCUUUUUACAUCAAUUGCAGUGGAAAAACUAAUUUCAAAUAUUUAUAGAAUCUGGCCCAAGAUGUGACAAAUCCACUGCACGCACAAGGUUUCCAGUCCACAUGAAAAGAGUCUUCCUUGUACCUGCACGUCAUUGGAUUAUAGAGCAUACACAAAUAACCUAAACAGAGAUGAUAUAUACAUCCUACACCGGUUACUAUAACAACAGUAAACAAUUAAAACUAAUAUUGGAAUCAUACAUCAACUAAUAGAGCACCAAGUAAACCUUGAUAUAUCCAAUAUAAAAAAUAUCACUGUACAACAAUUAAUCCAAAUGAUUCAUACGUUCAGUCGAUAAAUUGACGAUAAGAGAUAACCAGAAUACUAGAAUAAAAGAUGAACUAAACAAACGGGUAGCUACAACCCCGAUCGAUGCUAGCUAAUAAGCUAUAUCUAGGCGCAAACCUCUCACCAUGUCCUGUAUUUUAAUGAUUGCCGUAUCGUCUCAAUAAAGUUCAAAAGAUUUGAUAAAAAUAUAUAACAAAUAAUUUGCAUAUUUUGUUGCCAAAGAAAAUAAAUAUUUCAUGCCAUUACGUGUCGGCACACAUAUACCUUUUGUGACCGCCACUCAUUGGCGCGGCCCGACACUCACCGUACUGUAUCGUGCCGGCAAGUUUUCGGCACGACCCCGUGCUACGACACUUAAAUCCUUGCUGUAUUUCACCACCCAAGUUGCCUGUAAAAAUACAGUGUGAGCGCAUAAAAUGUUUUCCAGUGUGUACAACAUUGACAAAGUGAUGCAGCAAAUAAACCUAAUUUUAUUUUCGAAUGCGAUUAUCUUUUAUUUUGUAGGUUCGUGUUUGAUUCGGACUUAAAUCAUUUAGUUUUCGUUGAUUUGGCUAACCCAAACCCUUUUCUCCAAUAAACAAAGAAACAAUUCCAAAAGGACCUUUGGGAUUCCCCAAAAAGAUCUUUGGAAUUCCAAAAUUGCUUCUUCUUCUAUGCAUGACCCUUUUGUGUUGAAAACGAAAGGACAAUAAUUUAUUAUAGGAGGGCUCUCAACACUAUAAAUAUGUGGUUCUUGAAGCUUUAAGGGCAUAUAUAUUGAUGAAUAGAAAUUUCUAAUCUUGUUCUUUAUCCUUGGUGUUCUACUUCCCGGUGAAAUCAUCGACGCUUCUUCCUCGCGCCGAGAUCGACUUCUUCCUUGACUUGAUCAUUGUCGCUUCUUUCUCGUGACAUGAUUGACUUCUACUUCUGCGUCUCCUCUUCUUUCGGAUCUCUGCCUCAUAUCCUUCUUCCCUAUUGCCGAAGUUCUACUCGUGGUGCAUCGCCCUCCUCGUUGAUCGUGGAUCCCCCACAAUUAUGUAAAUGGUUCGAGACUUUUUGAAUGAUCUUCCUGUCAAGGCUCUUCCGGGCAUUGGGCAUAGCCUAGACGAGAAGCUAAAAAGUAGGCAAAUUCAGAGUUGUGGUCAAUUGCAAAAGAUUUCAAAGGACAAGGAAACAGGGAAGGAGCUUCUUCGAUGUCCUAGCUCGGGAACAUCACUUUAUCCAAUUUCUUCUAGACUUGCAAGUGUAGGGAAUAAGCAACAACUAGCUCUUAUUGCAUCUAGAUUUAGUGGAGAUGUCUGGCAUAGACGGUUAGGUCAUCCUAGUCUUCCUGUUCUUUCUACAUUUAUUAAAAAUAAUAAAAUUGUUUCUGAUUCUGCACUGAAAUUAUCUGUCUGCAAUGCUUGUAAUAUGGGAAAACAUGUUAAACUCUCAUUUCAUGAUUCAGAAUCUCAAUCUGCUUUUCCUUUUCAUAUUGUUCAUUCUGAUGUUUGGCAAUCACCUGUGCCCUCGGUUUCUGGAUACAAAUAUUAUGUUAUUUUUAUCGACGAUUAUUCUAGAUUUUCCUGGCUUUAUCUUUUAAAAUUUAAACAUGAAGUUUUUGACAAAUUUUUCGAGUUCAAGAAGAUGGUUGAAAAUAUAUUUCAUAGCUCAAUAAAAAUUUUUCAAUCUGACAAUGGUACGGAAUUUGUAAAUGACAAGUUUUCUAGUUUUUGCUCACAAAAUGGAAUUAUUCACCGAUUUUCUUGUCCUUACACUCCUCAACAAAAUGGCCUUGCUGAGAGAAAACAUAGGCAUUUAUCUAACAUUGUUAGAAGUCUACUAUUCCAAGCUGGCUUGCCUCCUCGUUUUUGGGCUGAGGCCAUUCAAACUGCUGUUUUUCUUGUAAAUCGACUUCCGUCUCUUACUGUUUUAAAUGGGCGGUCACCAUAUGACAUUCUCCAUGGUUGUGCUUCUCCUGACUUGCAACUUAUCAGAGUCUUUGGAUGUUUGUGUUAUCCCGAUGUUCAGGACAUUGCAGAUCACAAGCUCUCUCCCCGAUCACUUCCUUGUAUUUUCUUGGGUCUUUCUGACAAACAUAAGGGCUUUCGCUGCCUCUAUCCGAGCACUGGUAAAGUUUUUAUUUCUCGCCAUGUUACUUUUGUUGAAACUGUUUUUCCUUACUCUUGUCUGUCCAAAUUUUCUUCCUCAUCUUCCCCCACUACCUCAAAUUUUCAAAUGUUUCAACAUUUUCUUUCUAAUCCUCCCUUAUUGGGCGAAAGUCCUUCCUCUCUUGAUGCCAUCUCUGGUUUUUCCUUCACACGCCUUUCUCCGGAUGUUAGUUCAAAUGCAUCUGUUUCACCAUCUGAGACUGUAUCGACUUUUCCUUCCACCUUGAAUCAUGAUGCCACACAGGUUAGUGAUGAACAUGCUGCCACUGUUGCUGGUCCACCUGAACUCCGAGUCUAUACCAGACGACACACCCUCCGACCUUCUGCUGCUACAGCUUUACCUUCUCCUGUUGAGUUGACGCCUUCCACAUCGGACAGGCCACCUUCACCUCAGCCUGCAGAGCCUUCCUUACCAAUCCGGACACACUCUAUGCUUACUCGAUCUAUGGCUAAGAAUUUUGCUGGGUCUACCUCCUUCCUAGCUUCUACACAUACUACUCUUCCUACUGAGCCUAUCACUUUUCAUGAAGCUUUUCAGGAUGCAGAUUGGCGUGCUGCCAUGGCUGAAGAAUUUGAUGCAUUACUCACCAAUGAUACUUGGGAGCUUGUUCCUGCUCCUCCUUCUGUCAAUCUUAUUGGCUGUAAAUGGGUCUACAAAGUCAAACAGAAGGCGGAUGGCUCUCUUGAGCGUCUCAAAGCUCGACUAGUGGCUCAGGGUUACAAACAACAACAAGGCAUUGAUUUUGAUGAGACUUUUUCUCCGGUUGUCAAGUCGACCACUAUUCGUACUGUUCUUUCAGUCGCUCUCUCCUCUGGAUGGUCUCUCCGACAACUUGAUGUGAAGAAUGCCUUUCUUCAUGGCACUCUCUCUGAGGAGGUUUAUAUGAAACAACCACCUGGCUUUGUGCAUCCUUCGCUUCCUAGUCACGUUUGCCGCCUACGUAAAGCGAUAUAUGGUCUCAAACAAGCUCCUCGGGCUUGGUUUCAGCGUUUCACUUCUUUUCUUUCUGAGAUUGGUUUUGUUGGCAGCACUGCUGAUCCCUCAAUGUUUGUUUGUCAUUCUUCCUCUGGCACUCUUGUUCUCCUCUUGUAUGUUGAUGAUAUUAUUGUCACCGGCAGUUCCUCAUCUCUUCUCGAUGCUCUUAUCGUUACUUUACAACGCGAAUUUGCCAUGAAGGAUCUCGGACCGCUGCAUUAUUUUUUGGGUAUUGAGGUUCAUCGCUCUCCAUCUGGUCUUCAUCUAUCUCAACAAAAAUAUGCGCAUCAAUUGCUUCAGCGACAUGGUUUUCUUGACAGUAAGCCCGUUUCUACUCCUCUUUCGCCAACAUCUCGUCUCUCUUCCCAUGAAGGGCAUCUUCUUGAGGAUCCAUACACUUAUCGUCAGAUCGUUGGUGCUCUCCAGUAUCUCACUUUCACCAGACCGGACAUUUCAUAUGCCGUCAACUCUGUUGCCCAGUAUCUUCAUGCACCUCGUGAACCACACAUGCAAGCGGUCAAACGUAUUCUGCGUUAUAUUCGGGGGACGCUGACUUAUGGCCUUCCUAUCUCUCGCUGUGACAAUCCUUCUCUUGUGGCCUUCGCUGAUGCUGAUUGGGCUGGUUGCCCCGAUACACGUCGCUCUACUUCUGGAUAUUGCAUUUUUCUUGGGCCAAAUCUUAUCUCCUGGUCCGCUAAGAAACAACCCACCAUUUCUCGUUCUAGUUCUGAAGCAGAGUAUCGUGCUGUAGCCUACACACUUGCUGAGACAGUCUGGAUUCGUCGUCUCCUUCGUGACCUUCGUGUUUUCUUAUGGCGCUCUCUAUCAGUAUUUAUUGCGAUAAUCUCAGCACCACCUACCUUGCGGCCAAUCCUGUUCUCCAUGCUCGCACGAAGCACAUUGAACUUGAUCAUCAAUUUUUGCGGGAAAAAGUUCAGUCUGGUGAUUUGGCCUUAAUUCAUAUCCCUUCUGACAAGCAACUUGCCGACAUUUUCACCAAGCCCCUGUCAUCCUCUUGGUUUUCGAUAUUGCGGC